GGACAGGUGCCUGAAAGUCGAAUUGAACAAAUUUCCAGACGAAGCGACCUCCGCGAACCUGUAAGAUCCAUACCUCAAUUAGGGUGUUGCCUAUCCAUAUUAGGAUUAGUUACUUCAUCUAAGACCCAUUGAGGUCGUAAGAUUCUGUAACACAAUUAAGAACCUGACCAAAACCGUGUUGCCUGAAUUUUUGAGUGAUCCAUCCAUGCUGUUCUAGACGAUAGGUCUCAUGCAUAAAGACGAGAAGACAUGUUGUACUACUUUUUCUUUUGUUUUUGAGUGUCGAAAGUCGUGUUCUACAUGGACAGAUAACGAGAUUAUAGUCUUCUGAUCACGAGUGAAACAGUGUUAAACAGCACAUAUUCAUCUUACAACGAGAGGAGCAGAACUUUCGACGUGCUCAGUUUCUAACGAGAGUCCGUGCUCCUUGCAGAUGACAUGCAGUUCAUUCUUAAAAACUAGUUCGUUUCUCUGCUCCCAAUUAUCUUCGGCUCAACAGGUAGUGCUACUAGUUGCUUGUCACGACGUGCAUUCUCCCGCGAAGCACCUUUAUUCCGUUUGUAGGUUGUAUCUGUUUUUUGUUCCAAGGUUCAUUUUCAUUAUUGUUGUAUUCUUCAAAGAUUUUUUCUGAUGUCUACAGAAAAUUCGCAAAAUCUAGCAAAUUGAGCAUACAGCCACAUCAAUCUACUUCUACACCGUUUACUAGUAUAUUUUUUUAUAAACCGCUCAGACGAGGCCGAGCGUGCCUCUUGUUCGUUCUUCAUCUUAAUCGAAUUCGAUAAUUUCUUGCUCAAUCAUUAUACCAAACAAAAACAAAAUGACCUCUACACAAUCCGGAGUCGUCUAUUCUGCUGAGGUGAAAGCCCGUGCGGCUGUGAUCGUCGAGGAAGCUAAAACUUCGCGCUCUUCGUGUCGUGUGUGCCGCAAGCCGAUCGAGCAAAACUGUCUGCGUGUCGGGGUCCCAGCUUUCGUCUCUGGCCGCUUGGUCACAGCAUAUCAGCACCCAGAAUGCUUCAUUCGCAACAGUUAUGAGCGCUGACUACUUUGUUUAAGUGAGUAAGUAAGGACUUAGAAGUAUGGGUACUCGUACUCAUGCGUGGUGGUAGAAACACAGUAGGAAGAUCGUGAUGAUGAUCCUGUUACAUAGUACUCGAAAGCAGUCAUUGAUGCAUAGCAAGGACUUGAAUUCUUGCUAUGUAUGAUUUGUGCAGAGAACAAGAUGAAGAUCAUUAUCUUUAUCAAACAAUAGUACGACGGGGCCAACACCAACAGGAUUGUUCCACCCACUCUCUUCUUUCGCUAAACCCUCGUCGAAUUCGGUGAAGUGGAUUCGAAUGGAGCUGGUGCGUGUAAGGCCACGAAGCGCAGACUGCGAAAAGGGGAGUUGCGUUGCAUUGUGCAAACUGGGAAUAGCCGUUUCUCGCUGUCGAGUGAGGCCUUUGGCUUGCUUCGUCCAGCGCUGAGUGCGGGAAUGAAGAGCAGUGGUUCGAAAGUUGUCAAAAAAGGAGCAAUGGAGAAAAUCAAAGGUGUCGCAAAGCUGAUGGACAAACAGCGCAAGCAAUUGAUGGGGAAAUUGAAACUUUAAAUGAAGACAAUCAAGGGGGAGUUCAAGAUCAAAAGGUAGAGGAUUGAAAAUGGUGAAUUGUUUGCGAGAACCAACUACUAGAACUACAAGUGCCACUUCAAGUAAGUACAACAAAUCAGCGGCAGUUGCUGCUUUACAGCUCGUCAGUAUACGUGAUUAAUGCACCAGUAUAAAAGACAUCGUGAUUUUUUUUGACAUGUGCAGGAGAGAUGUCUCGGUGAUUGUGAGGAGCAUGCGGAGUUUCACAGAAGACUUUUUUUAUACACUACAUCAGUUCCUGGUGAAGGCUCUCAACCAUUUCUAUAAUUGAACUAGUUAAAUUGAUAAGAUCACCUCGUACUAGAGUCUAAUUCUGAAGUGGUAACAUUGAGUUUGAGUACUUACUGCUUUUAGAAGCAUCAUGCUUCGUUAUACAAGUGAUGGGAACUAUGAUGUAUGGCACGACUGCUCAUUGAUUUUUUGCAAAAGAAUCUUAUUUACAACAUAUUUUCCUUACGGUUGACGAGUCACGUGAUAAAAUGUGUGCAGACUGCAGAAAUUCGAUGACUUCUACUAGGUAGUAGAAUUUUUGAUUUAACAAUGACCAGGAACAAUUUCGUGAACAAUCAGGCAUAUUACUGCCCAUUAUAAUAGUACUAGCUGCAGGACUCUGUGAACGUGCUUUGACAGUCAAAGUUCUUACAGUACGCCAGAAGCAAAAGACCUUUUUUUCAAAGUCGAUUUUCUGUGGCCCCCAGUAUUUUACUAGGCCAGGGACCGC